AUGGAGGCGAAUAUGGAUCAUAUUGCCAAUGCACUUAGUGGAGGAAAUGGUCUUAAGAAUAAAACCACACAUGUAUUAAACGGACGAUGCUCUGGUUCAGCAUUUAAUUCUCAUGGUGAAGCCGAGUUCAAAAUCAACACUGAAACUGCGUUAAAUGGAGAGAAAAUAUCUACAAAUAUAAACGAAUCAAGAUCUCCUGAAAUUAAACAAAAAACUGAGGUUUCAAAAGACACACAGCGCGUGUUCAAAGAACAGACGGCAACGCAGCAAACCCAAAAAGUCGUAAGACAAAUCGACGAAGAAGUAAGUGAAGAUAGCGUUCCAGAUAAUACAACAACUGACAUAGAGAAUGAAAAUGCAGAUAGGAGACACUCUCCCGAUUUAGUUCGGAUGAAAACUAAUGCAGAUACCGACGAACAGAAGGAGAGAGCUAAAGAAAAUGAAACGAUCAGUCUAAAUAGCACGGAAAAUGGACCAGAAAAGAUUAUGGAUACAUGUCUGCCCGAAGAUAACAAGCAAGAAAAUGCUACAACACAUGAGACACAGAUAUUGAACGAGCAAUCGGAAGCGUUUGAAUGUGAUGAGAACGUCAGUGAGACGCCAAAGAAAGUUUGUGAAAAUAAAGAUUAUAGUAAAGUAGAUAUAAAAUCUAAAAUCGAGAAAGCAGUACACGAAGUAGACGAUAAAGAGGCCCUAAAAUCUGAAGAUAUGCCUAAGAAAACUCAUUUCGUUACUCCUGGAGAAUCAGCUACAAGUUGCGAAGACGUCAAAAUCAGAUCUAGUGAUAACUACAAUCACGUGCCUCAAGACAAAGUAACACAUGAUGAAACAAUGGAAGAAGAGAAAUCUGGUGAAGUAGUCAAGGUUGCUCCGGUAAUGGACGAGAGUAGCUGUAGGUGUAAUGACGACAAACUUCUCGAAGAACAAUCGAAAGAUAUUAAGACUGAAAUAAAUAAAACACCGAAUGGUCCAACUGCUGAAUCUGCCUCUGGAAGUGCCAAAGACACGAGGAAACGGAAAGUGUCUGCUGAUGAUAGAGAAAAGUUGGCUCAUCAUAAACUUGAUAGUCACGCAUGCUUACUCUGGGCUAGUGAGAAUAGGCGAAGCGUUGUCCUUAGUAAUUGCGAAGCGAGUCACGGUAAAGUUGAAAAGAUACUACAGGAUAGAUGGCAGCAGCUUACAGAAAGAGAAAAGUCGAAGUAUUUCCAGCGAGCGCGGCGAGCACUACAAGAAAGGACCUGCGUCCCCCAACUGAAAAAGAGAAGAGGUAGUGCUACGGUGGCGAGGGGACAAGGAUCGGUGGAUAAACCCGAUCACGCAAUAAGCGACACGGGUGCAGCAACAUUGUCGGCUAAUGCCCCGACCCGACCUGCACAUUCCGAUCCGUUUUACAAUAUGGAAUCUGACGAUCAGUAUAGAAUCCUUCAGUCCAAACUGGGCACUCUGGGGAAAUACCUUACGCGGAAUGAGUACGAGAGAUUUAUUGAUAACUUUAAAACAAGUUUUAAAUUAACAAAACGAAGUCUCGAGAAGCAACGAGAUGUACAACUAACUCGAAAAUACCUGGAGGCUGUCUCGAGGCGUCUUCUCUAUGUAAAAUGUCGCCUGAUGGAUGAUAACUUGGAUGCGUUGACUACGCGGAAAACUAAAGCCGAAACAAGGACAUUGAAUAUCAAGUUCAAAAUGCUUCUUGGGAUGUUGGUCAAUGGCGAUGAUGUCCCCUUUUCGGAUUUGGUAGAAUCGGAAAGUGUAGAUGGAGCACUAAAUAGGAUGAAGACAAUGGAGGAUCAAGCUUCAAAUGAGUUUUCAUCAGGGAUAAGAAUGAGUUUUCCUCAACGGGGAAUGACGCUGGAUGCCUCGAGCAACGCAACCGAUAUGACAGCGACAGAUUCUUACAGGCGGAUUAUUAAAGAUUUCCAAUCAAUUGAAAAGUCGCAAAAUUACAGUAUCAAAAUAAAUGGCAGGGUUUAUGAAGUACCCCGGAUUACGCAUGAAAAAAACGAACGCGAAAUUUUAAUCAAUGCCUCAACAACAGAGAGCAUUCCCGAUUUAGAUGUAAAUGAACUUUGUGCGUACUUCAAAGCUAUUGAAGAUGGUGCUAUAGAACAUACUCAACUGACCAAUUUUGAUCUGUCAAAUUCUUUUCUUAACCGAAGCAAGGACAACUUUUACCGCAGUCGCCAUGGCAUCGGUGCGUGUUGUCAGAUGGAGUCGCCAUCUUGUUUUCUGACAAACCUCCUGGUUGCAGAUAAAAUCUCACAAGGAAAACUCGGAGAAAUAAUUAAAUAAACAUGAACAGCUAUGGAUGGAAACAAAACACUUUAUAUGCCUAUAAUGCAGACCAAAUACGUUUAACAUACGUUUAGGUUUUUUAAAUUGCGCAGUCCAGGCCUAAUGUAGUGACAUUUUAAAACAUUUCUUUCUCAGUUUGGCUCAAGGCGUUCCACAUGUUUUAGUAAGUGAAUCUUGAAAACAAUUGAAAACUUGGUGAGCAGGAUUAGGGAAACGAUUUAAACAUGUUUUACGCGUUACACUCGUUGUUUUAAAACAUAUCGUCAAUAUUAUCAACACAGACAUAUACAUUUUUCGUAUUUAUUAAGUUCUUUCAAAUAUGUACAAAAUAAUAGUACACGAAAACAUUUGUCUUAUGUUUGGCCUUGGGUAUGAUUUAUGUUUGGCCUGCGGUAUUGUUUAUGUUUGUCCUUGGGUAUUGUUCAUGUUUCACCAGGGGAAUUGUUCUGUUAGAAUUCACCUACCAUACAAUAAUCCAUUUUUACACUCUAGUUGUAUUAAUGAUUCUAAUAUGAUAUGUGAUGUCA